UUCUGUGAGAAAACACUGAUGGAUCCAUAUUUUCAGAAGGCAAUCCUUAACAGUCAGUCGGUGAUCAUUUGCUGGGGAGCCUGGCAGCCGUUUGCAAAUCGUUCGCAAUUGAAUCUCAAUGGUCAGGUCCAAGCCUCAGUGUCACUCAUUGGUGGUCCUCGUCCAAAUCCUGAAGAGAGUCUGUGCUUUAGAAAUCUGCUGCAUUUGUAUCGUAGAGACGAUAGCAUAUUCACCGAAAGUGCUCCAAAAAUUACCAUACAAUUCAAUUUUUCCUUGGACGAAACGCGCCAUUAUGGUUCUCUAUCACGUUCCACAACGCAGCUGGGAGAUUCUUUGCGAGAUACUCCUGCUCCAACAAGAAAAGAAGUUGUUGAUGUUAUUACUACGGACAGGGAGACAGAGAGAUCUUUGCGUCGGCAAGAACAACGUCAAGAAGAUUCUGAUACAGCACCGAGCGAACAGGAAGAGACUCUUCCUCCAAUCCUAGUAAAGGUUCGUGAUGACACUGUUUACGAAAUUUUGGUGCCACAAUAUCGUAAGAACUCAUCCACUUCUUAUGUGCCAUUGUUGGGGUCAUGUGUUCAUCCUGCUGGGAAAUAUGAUUAA